AUGCCACUCACUUCCAGAUCAUCGAGGUUCCCGAGGCCUCGCCGCCGCGCCCUCAGGACGUCGCCGACCAGCCUGAUCCCGGCUUCAACCUUCCUGCAGAAGCUGACAACCUCCCGAGACGCCCGCAGGAGAGUCUUCAACACGCGCCCCCGCCCUCUGCGCCCGGACAGACGCCCAGUGCUGAGCAAGCGCCCAUCUUUCUUGGAGAACUUCAACUUCUUCGGUCGCACGCCCGUUGACCGGCGGCGGGGCGAGACGGGCCCUCUGGUGGAGACCAACAACGCGAACGUUAAGGUGGGCACCAAGCAGCCCGAGGGCGAUGCGCUUCGCUACAAGCUCCACCACGGCCCCGUCCCCAACAACGCGCAGAAGGUCGUCGUGAUCGGGCCCUUCAACCAGCCUCCGCCCGGUGCGCCCAUCAUCCCCCUGCCAGACAAGGAGGUGCCGCCUCCCGUGGCGCCCAAGAAUCCCGGGCUACUCCCGCCUCCUCCUCCUCCUGCGCCAACUCGAAGAGUCUCAGCUUCCCAGACGAAUUCUGGAGCCGUCAAAAGUCCGGAAACCCACAUCCCUCCUCCUCCCCCUCCUCCACCAGCAGGCCGUCCUCAGGCCCCCAAGCGAGCCCCUGCCCCUCUUCCUCCUCAGCCGCUCAUCCAGAAGCCGCCGAUGAGCUCCCAGGACCUGCCCGAGAAGCCAGCUCCCUUGGUCGUCUACAGCGAGAAUGAAAAGGAAGACAAGAAGACGCACUCUGACGUUGAGACUUCGGCAAGCAAGAGCGGCGCGCAGGGCCCCUCGCCCAACGCCUCCCGGACUGCCUUCGGUCCCAGCGCCCCUGAGGAGGUGAGCGAGGAGCACAAGGAGGCCAUCAUCGCCGGCAGAAUCAGGUUCCCGGCUUUCUCCGGCGUCGAGCGCUCCGACUCGGGCAGCGUGGGCCUCCCCCCCGGCGCCAUCCCCAUGCCUGUGCCCAUCUUUGACGGCUCCAAGCUGGUGGUGCCCGCCCACCACCACGCCUCCCGCCGCGUCCUGCCUCCCCCAACUCCCAAGCCAUCUCCCUCGUCCUCCUUCUGGUCUUUCCUAGGCUUCGGGUCCUCCAAGCCCGCCCCGCCGCCCGUGGCAGCUGACAGACGAGUUGUUGUGAGCCCUCCCGCGCCGCACUCGCCCGCUCGCGUCCCUUCGCAGCCCGCUAACUAUAUCCGCCCUCCGCCGCCCUUCAGGGCUCAGCCUCAGCAGGGAGUGACUUCCAAGCCCAGGCCAGUCAACAACCCACGCCCACAGCCCUUCUACACCAGAACGGAUCGCCCCGCUCCCGCCACGGUCCCGCGUCCUGCGCCACCCGCCCAGCCAGCCUCGGCCACGCGCCCUAACCCCCCGGCGUUCGUGGCUCCGUUGACACGCCCUGAGGCUACGCCCCGCCCCUUCAGCCAGAGCCCUCCAUCGACAGAACCAAGACCUGUCUAUAGACACACCUCUACAGCUCCCCCGCCCACUGUACCCACGACCACAACCCCGACCACGACUUCCACUUCCACUACCACCACGACCCACCGACCCACGACCACCAGAUCACCGCCGUCGCCCUCUCCGCCCACGACCUCACUGCCCGUGACGCCCAUGCGCAUCACAGAGUACAACCCCUACUUCGCUAAUGCACCACAGUACGAUGAGAAUCAUCGGGGCGGAUUCAAGCCACCCACGCUGCAGUCUUCCUCUUAUGAUGGCUGGAGGGUCGUGGGCGUGCCGUCCACCCCCCUGGAAGGACAGGGCGACUCGCUCAGUCCCGUCGUAUCCUUCGUGAAGGAGAACACACCCGAGAUCAUCAUUAGGGCGCCCACGCAGGAAAGCAGCGACGACGACAUAGUGACAGGCGUGAUCAGCGACAGGAUGGGCGAGGUCGCCGACGGGGACCAACUCGUCCAAUUUUCGUCGCAACUCAACGAGUCUCCAGCUUCAGCCCCGAGAGCGCAACGCCGCUGGUCUCCGGAGCUUCAUAGGAGUCGGGUUCUCAUCGAGGAUUCAGCGAGUUCCUUAAAUGCUAAUUCUCUCCACAGGAUUUCGGCGCUGGCGCUGCGGAGAUUCAUCGGCGACUCUAUCAUGACUUAUGACAACAUUACCCACGUGACACUGAGAAAUUUCAGGCCUGAAGUAAAUACAACUUUGGCCAUUCUGCAGGCAGAUGGUCCUCCUAAGAGAUGGCUUGAUCAAGAAAACUACAGUGCACCAGUGUCCAAGCCACUUGGAAAACCACAUAAUUACUAA